AUGGGUUGUAAUACAUCAACAAUUGCAGGUCCAGAAACCAAACAGAAUGAGGAGGUCGAAUCAUAUUUGAGACAAGCAAAUAAGGAGGCGAUGCUCGAUUUCAGAAUUCUAUUGUUGGGUGCUGGUGAAUCUGGAAAGUCAACAGUAGUGAAGCAAUUGAAAUCCAUUUAUAAAUUACCGGUAGACGAUGCCGAAUUACAGAGUUAUGCAGCCAACAUUCACAAAAAUACCGUGUUGUGUAUGCAAGUCUUAUUGGAAGCCGGUGAAACUUUAAAUAUUGAAUUAUCAAAUCCUGAAACAAAGAGAAGAGCAAAUAAUAUUAGAUCAUUUCAAUUUGAACAAGAUGUAAAGCAGAUGCCAGCAAAUAUUGGUUUAGAUAUAGAGGAAUUGUGGAAGGAUCCAGAUAUUCAAACAAUUUGGGAUAGAAGAUCAGAGUAUUGGUUUUUAGAUGCCACUCCAUAUUACUUUGAAAAUAUUGAAAGAUUUUUAGAUGAAGAUUUUAGACCAACAGAAGAAGAUUGUAUAAUGACCAGAGUUAGAACCACCGGUAUUUCGGUGACAGAGUUUGAUGAUGGACCGGUCCAUUUCAGAGUGGUCGAUGUCGGUGGUCAGAGAAAUGAGAGAAAGAAAUGGAUUCAUUGUUUCGACGAUGUAAAAGCAUUGUUGUUCGUUGUUAAUUUAGCAGGUUACGAUCAAGUUAUGUUUGAAGAUCCAUCACAGAAUAGAAUGCAAGAAUCAUUGACAUUAUUUGGACAGAUCUGUAACAAUCCGAUAUUUGCCGACACUCCAACGUUUUUGAUGUUGAACAAGAAAGAUCUUUUCGAGCAGAUGAUUCAAAAGACCGAUUUGUCAAAGUGCUUCCCAGAGUACAGAGGUGGACCCGACACAAAGGUUGCUCUCGAGUUUAUCAAAUCACAGUUUCAAGCAAAGCUGCAGCCAUCCAACAAGACACUAAACACUCACUACAUCGCUGCACGUUACAAAAAAGAUAUAAAGUUUACAUGGGAUGAAGUUAAAUCCGUACUACUAGAGGAGAACAAAAAGAUAUUAUUAAAAGCAACAAGAGAAAUUAAAAGAAAGAACACUCAAAAAAUAUUGAAUACAUCAGUGGAAUCUGAGAGUGCAAACGGGUGGAAAUCCACUAUUACCAUCCUUCCGGUGACCGGUUUCAAUAGCGAUGAAAUACCCGAUGCCCAAAGAUCGAGAUCGGCAAUCCACGUGAUCGUACCAUACGAUGUAAAGAUACGAUCGUAUUUCUUGGUGGAAUUGGAUUUCGCCGAUUCAGACAUCCACUCUAGAAUAUCGGAUAGUUCAAAACUAGCAUCGAUUCCACUGUCUUUGGAGAGUUGUUUUGCAAAUCUAACUGCUUCCUCGGAAAUAUCUACACCUGUUACAUUUGCACCGAGUCUCGCCAAACACAAUGAAUCUUGUCCUGAAUUACACUGUAGAUGUAGUAAAUCCAAUCCUUUGAUGUCACCAAGCAGAUUCUUCUCUUCAUCAAACAAUGUAUCCCAACCAUCUCUCAGAAGCUUUGCUUGA